UGGCAUGCCUCUUCAAUACGAUAUGACGGCUUUGCUCAGCGUACAGCCUUAACUGGUAGUAAUUUUGGUUUGGGCGACUUCCGCUUUAGAAAAAAAAUUCGAUUUUAUGUACAAUGUGUGCGCGAUUCGUACGCGGCGACGUAUGUGGUUGUUGUUGGCCAUUUGACAGCCCAACAGGAUCCGUGAUGAGGAGAAACGCUGAGCUAUCCAAAUUAGUGCGAUCUGUUGCGGGGGAUUUAAUCGGCUGAAGCCGUAAUACACACAGGAUUGCGACGGCAGAUUACUGUAUUUCUCCUUGACUAUUAUUAAAGACUAAAGCUGCCACCGCCAUUGUGACAGUCGCAUUCGUUUAUUCUGUCGGAUUGGCCAGCCGCGGGAACUGACAUUUGCGGAUACAUUUUUCCCGGGAAAAAAAGGUGUCGUCCGGCCUAAUCAAAUGUCGGAUACAAUGGCCUCCUUUGCCAGUCUCCGGGAUGGAUUUGGCAGUAAAAUGAACCAGCUGCGACGCCGGUUCAGUCAAGGUGAAAUGCAGGGCGACGAGGAUGCUGAUGCGCAGCAGCAGUCACUGCCUGCAUCCGCUGCACCCGGUUUAUCUAACCCAUCGGCACAGUCCGCAUCCAGUGUAGCGGCUGCCGGAGGACCAAAUCAAAACGUUAUGCACUCCUCGCAAGCGACAUCAUCCACCAUGCAACACCAGCAGCAACGCGAUCGCCCUAAUAUGAGUCUCAAUUUUACCUCAUCAUCUUCCAGUCCUUCUCCUGGGACGACUGGUCAUCCUAAUCUCCCAUCGCGCGAUUCCGCGGCGUAUCAGCAGCAGCAACAGCAGAUGCGUUAUCAGCAACAGCAGCAGCAACAACAGCAGGCGCAGCAGCAGCAGCAAAGCCAACUGCCGAAAACAACGAGCGCUCCCAGCUCGCCGAAUAAAAACUACACUCCUGCAAAUAUUGCAAGAAGUUUUUUCCGGCAAGUUAGCCAAUCUACUACAAAUCUGGUUCAACAAACCGUUGCGGCAGCAGGAAGUGUUACUGGUUCGCGGGAAAAAAAUAAAAUUCUAUUAGUUAUUGAUGAUCAACAUACAGACUGGUCUAAGUAUUUCCGUGGCCGGCGUAUCCAGAACGAAUGGGAUAUCCGCAUAGAACAAGCAGAAUUCAAUGAGAUUAAUAUGGCCGCCACAUCCGACAGGGGCUUGGCUGUUGAUAUGGAAAUCAUGCGUGGGGGAACCAAAGUAGUCCGGUCAUUCCGACCAGACUUUGUAUUGAUUCGCCAGCCGAUUCGCGAUGCAAAUCGGGAUUAUCGACAUUUCAUUCUGGCAUUAAUGUAUUCCAACAUUCCUUCUGUAAAUUCACUGGAGAGUCUCUAUAUGUUUUUGGACAAGCCUAUUAUAUUCUCUCAGCUCAUCCAAAUUCAACAACGCCUAGGCAAAGAGAAGUUCCCUCUAAUUCAUCAGUCCUUCUACCCCAACCACCGAGAGAUGCUGACGUCAACGCAGUUUCCGGUCGUGAUUAAGAUCGGGCAUUGUCAUGGCGGACUGGGCAAAACUCGUGUGGACAAUCAUUACGACUUCCAAGACGUUGUUAGUCUUGUGGGAAGUUGUGGAUCAUACUGCACUGUAGAACCCUUCGUGGACUCUAAAUAUGAUUUGCAUCUGCAAAAAGUCGGCCCGUCGUACAAAGCUUUUAUCAGAAAAAGCAUUUCCGGUUCAUGGAAAGCCAACAUUGGCUCCAGUAUGCUGGAACAAGUGCCACUUCAAGAAAAAUUCCGCAUGUGGCUGGAUGAGUGCUCCCGUGUAUUUGGCGGUCUGGACGUGUUCGCCAUAGAAGCCGUUGUGGGAAAAGACGGGCAGGAGCAUAUAAUCGGCAUCAACGACUCCUCCACCAUGGGACUGCUCGGUGAAACACAAGAGGAAGACCGACAGUUGAUAGCCGAAAUUGUCUAUCGCAAGAUGGACGCCGACGCCAACCGGCGCCGUUACAGCAUGCAGACAACGCCCGGCCAGCCCAUGGAGCAGCAGCGUGGACCAACUCCCUCAAGUGGACAGACACCGGGAUCGGGCUACACGGGCGCACCCACCAUCCCCAACGGGAUACCUCCCCGAAGAGAAAGCUUGGGACAGUCGGGAGCGCCGGCCGGUCCUUCCCGGGAGCAGACCACCCCCUCGGGGCGCCCAGCCUCCCAGAUAGGACCGCCACCUGGUGGCUAUUCACGCGACCCACCCAUUCGCGAUCCCCGUGACUCCAAUAUUCGGGAUGUCAGCAGCAGGGAGCCCCCCAGCCGGGAUAGCAGCAGUGCACCGGGUGCCCCACUAAGUCGCCGCGAAUCCGAUUCACGCACGAGCACCUUCAAUCCCGCGGGACCAUCGGGCGCCGGUGGUUUCGGACAGCAGGGUUUCAGUAGCGGCGGGACGGCCGGGGCUGGUCCAUCUUCGACGGAGCGCCAACCGAUGCCCGGCGCCACUUCCGGCGUCGGAAUACCGCCAGGAAUGGGACGACCGGGAAUGGGGCCGCCCAGUGGGCAUCCGCCUUACCAGGGCGCCGGUCAGCAGCCAGUCGGGAUGAACCGCCCUCCCCAGGCGGGCAGUACGGACACGGAUGAUACUAUGUCGAAUCUAAAGCGGACCUUUGCGGGCAUAUUUGGAGAUAUGUAAUCGCGUGGGAAAUUGUUAGGAGUCGUGAAAUGUCUGGCAAUAAUUUAAUGCAGAAUGUAACGUUGAGUUUUUUGUCUGAAUUAUUCUGGAUUUCGGGGUGUGUAAUUUAAAAGCUGUGAGUUUUAAUUAUUUGACGUUUUAUUGUGAGAACAGUCUCUAUUCGUAAAUAAUUUUCUUUGUUAAGCAGCAGGGUCACCGAAAGGUUCCGGGACGGUUGUCAAAAUGUUUCUCGAUUGUACCUGACGCUUACUAUACUUUAUCACUGCUGAACUGUCAAAACUGGUCCGUUAAAGUCUAAAUUUGCUUGCUUUUAGAAAGCUUUAAACUGUUUUCUCAAGGAGCAACGUUCCGCUGCGAAAGUUUGUUUCUUGCGCCUAACAAAUUUGCAGUUCCGGUAAAGUAAACUGGUUCACCUAUAAAUUAGUAUUACUUGACAGGCUAGCAUACUUGCGUCGAUGCCACCAAAAUUUAAUAACAGAAAUCGGCUUCAUUCGUAAGCUUUCAAUUAUUCGGGAA